GCGUCGCGUAUCAGACACUCGUGCAUGUGAUGGGCUUGGAAGUUCAUUCGACAUUUUUCUAUCGGACAUCGAAGGAAUCUCACCGGACUGGUUCCCGCGCAACGCUGCGUUAGUGCGCCGCUCUGGUGAACCCUUUCGCUUGUAAAUGUGCCGAUAUUUACAUAUGCGCGCUCGAUCUUGCAUCGAACUUUCGAUCUGCGCCCGUAGCUCAAUUGGUGUGCUUCGCUAGCUGGCCGCAACGCUCGCGCCGUUGCCGCCGCCCCAGCGCGCUCACCUCCUGCACAGCGUGCGAUGAUCCACGUGGGUCGAGGAGAACUAUGCGUGGGGCGUGCGCGUGCGCGGUGGUGUGCGCGUUGGUGGCGCUGUGCGCGGCCGCGGGGCUGGACGAGGCGACGCGCGCCGCCGCCGAGAAGCAGCUUUUGGCGCUGUUGGGGAUGCCGCGCCGGCCACCGCCGCGCCGCGCGCCGCCCGUGCCGCGCGCGCUACGCGUGUUGUACGACGAGCGCGCGUUGCCCGCCGCCGCCGCCAAUACGGCUCGCGCCUUCUACCACGCGCCCAGCCGCCUCGACGAGCGCUUCCCCGCCGAACACCGCUUCCGCCUCUUCUUCAACAUAAGCGGCGUGCCGGCCGACGAAGUCGCCCGAGGCGCGGACAUCACGUUUCAGCGAGCCGUCGGCACAACAGGCCGGCAGAGGCUCCUGCUCUACGACGUCGUCAGACCCGGCCAUCGGGGCAAAACCGAGCCAAUCUUAAGGCUCCUAGAUUCGGUUCCGCUUCGCCCUGAUGAAGGCACCGUCAGUGCUGACGCUAUAGGCGCGGCGAGAAGAUGGCUCAAGGAGCCAAAACAUAACCAUGGACUUUUAGUGCGUGUUUUAGACGAAAGUGAUACGAGCAGCAGUAAAGACGCUAAGUUUCCGCACGUGCGGGUCCGGAGACGCGCUACAGACGAUGAGGCUGAGUGGCGGACGAUUCAACCGUUGCUCAUGCUUUACACGGAGGAUGAAAGAGCCCGUGUCGCGCGGGAAUCGGGCGAGACGCGGCUAACGCGCAACAAACGCGCAGCGCAGCGGAGAGGUCACCGUGCGCAUCACAGGCGCAAGGAAGCGCGUGAAAUCUGCCAGCGAAGGCCCUUGUUCGUCGACUUCGCCGACGUGGGCUGGAGCGACUGGAUCGUAGCCCCGCACGGCUACGACGCGUACUACUGCCAGGGCGACUGCCCGUUCCCGCUGCCGGAUCAUCUAAACGGCACGAAUCACGCGAUAGUGCAGACUCUCGUCAACUCAGUGAAUCCCGCGACUGUGCCCAAAGCGUGCUGUGUGCCCACGCAACUUUCAUCUAUAUCUAUGUUAUAUAUGGACGAAAUGAACAAUGUGGUGCUUAAAAAUUAUCAGGACAUGAUGGUGGUAGGUUGUGGUUGCCGAUGACGAAGGCGCGACCGGCUCGCGCGGACCUAGUGAUAUAUCGUGGACCCAGUGUAUAUAUAGGAGUGGCCUCGAAAAUUGUACAUAAUAUAUUUGUAUAUACACUUGUGUAAUUAUUAUUUUAU